AUGCAGCUACAAAGUGACAAUGGGCUGGAGUAUAGGAUCAUUUCCAAAGUGGAGAUCUUCGCCACUCCAGUGAUGCACUGGAGAUGGCCUAAGAUGGACUUAGAAAAAACCUUUAAUAGAAUUCGUUGGGACUUCAUUUCCAACGCUUUGGUGGAUGCUGACUUCCCACCGGGUAUUCGAAGAACAAUCAUGAACUUUAUUACUUCUUCUAGCUUUCAAGUACAAUGGAAUAAAAGUUUAUCCCAAUCAUUUGUUCCAGAAAUGGGCAUCCGACAAGGUGAUCUCCUCUCCCCUUAUCUCUUCGUGCUUGCAAUGGAACAUUUGGGCCACCUCAUUAAUCACUUUGUUGCUCAUGGCUUUUGGUUAGGAUGGCAAUGGGUCGAGUCGGGUCGGAUGUUUGCCUGCUCCAACUUCGACCCAACAUAA